AUGACGGAUAGUCGCUGGACGUUUAAACGUCAUUUUGAAGUGACAGGCGACAAACUUAGAAAUACAGCUGCCAAGCUUUCAAGAAUUCUCCCAAAUAUCGGGAGACCGAAUAAUAUGGUUCGACGUCUGCACGCAUCGGUUGUGGACUCCAUCGCUUUAUACGCAGCUCCGAUCUGGACGGACAAGGUUAUGCGAAGUAGGAAGAUUCAAGGUAGCCUUAACCAAGUUCAAAGGAAAAUCGCAUGCAGGACCAUCCGAGGAUAUCGCACAAUUGGUCACUCCACGGCAUCGAUGCUCGCGGGAAUGACCCCCCUCCACCUCAAAGGGGAUAUGUAUACGGAAGUAUACGAAGAGCUGAAGGACGCUAGAGCUGGUGGAGUGAGAGAUCUACCUCCGCAGGCAAUAACCUUGAUUCGAAAUAACGCAAGGAACAGGAUGUUCCUCAAAUGGGAGGAAUGGACGCGAAACUACGGAUGGGUGGCGAAGUGGGGCUGGUGA